AACGCGCAUUAUCAGAUGUUUAGCAGAUUCACUUUCGCUCUCCAUCGUUACUGCUGUGCGUUUAUUUGGUCUUUUUCCUCCCCUCCGUCGGCAGGGUUCGUGACAUUUUGUGGCUCCCGAUGUUGUAAUCCGGGGGAAUAUGUGAAGAUCAUGCUGGCGGUGUGGUGCUUCAUGGUCUUUGCUGCAGUGGGCGAGAGGCUUGCGGCGGUCUCAGGUGUGGACAGGAGCCCGGUGCAAGAUGGACGCAUCUGGGACUGGUUUACCCCGGCAGGGCAGCCAUACAGCGGGGACACUGCCACCAAGGUCACCUAUCCAAAGCGGCUGGUGCAGCAGAUCGAGUCGGAGGAGGAAAUGGCUCAUGACUACUUGGAUACCAGGGUGAAGAACAGCACCGGGAACACCCUGCCCGUCCACUUGGCCCAGAGCAGUUUCCAAGUAGAAGCCUUUGGACACACCUUCACUCUGGACCUGGAGCUAAACCAUUACCUCCUGUCUUCAGAAUAUGUGGAACGACACUUUAACCAGGAUGGGAGACCUUCACAAUCAGUGGGAGGGGAGCACUGCUACUACCAGGGAAGGUUGAGAGGUUUACCAGAGUCCUGGGCAGCUCUCUCCACCUGCCACGGCCUGCGCGGCAUGUUCUCUGACGGCUUCUUCUCUUACGGGAUUGAGCCCAUUCACAAUGGGAGCAAUCAGGAUGAUGGCGCUCACUUAAUCCGCAGGAUGCCUGAUAUCAGACUUCCCCCCCACUGCCCAGACUGUACAGAGCACAGUGAGUGGGAUAGCAGAGAAGGUGAUGGUGAUGAUGACAGACCGGACCAAAUGAGGGAACAGCAGGUGUCUGGGGGGCUGAGGAGAUCUAAGAGAUAUAUUCGCAAGCCCUCUGUCCAGACUGAGACCAAAUAUAUUGAGUUGAUGGUGGUCAACGACAAUGAAAUUUUUGUACAGCUGCGUCGCUCCAGCAGCCAAACCAAGAACUUUGCCAAAGCAGUGGUCAACAUGGCAGAUGCAAUCUACAAGGAACAGUUGAACACGAGGAUUGUGCUGGUUGCCAUGGAGACCUGGACCUCUAAAAAUAUGAUGCCAGUAGUGGAAGAUCCAUUGAUAACGCUGCAGAACUUUAUGAAAUACAGGAAGGACAACAUCAAAGAUCAGAGUGACGUCGUCCAUCUUUUCUCAGGGCGAACAUUUCACAGUAGCCGCAGUGGGACAGCCUACACAGGAGGGGUGUGCUCUCUAACAAGGGGAGGAGGCAUCAAUGAGUAUGGGAAUGUAGGAGCAAUGGCCAUCACUUUGUGCCAGAGUCUUGGCCAGAACAUCGGCAUGAGGUGGAACAACGUACGCAACUCUGCAGGAGACUGCAGGUGCCCAGAUGCCUGGCUGGGCUGCAUUAUGGAAGACACGGGAUACUAUCUGCCCAGAAAGUUUUCUCGCUGCAGCGUUGAUGAGUACAUCCAGUUCUUGCUCCAGGGGGGCGGGAGCUGCCUCUUCAACAAGCCAAACAAGCUGUUGGACCCUCCAGAGUGUGGGAAUGGCUUUGUGGAACCAGGGGAAGAGUGUGAUUGUGGAUCCCAGGUGGAGUGCGCCCGUAGUGGAGGAGCCUGCUGUAAAAAGUGCACACUUACCCAUGAUGCCAUGUGCAGUAACGGACUCUGCUGCAGUGGCUGCAAGUAUGAGUUGAGAGGCGUGGUAUGUCGAGAGGCUGUGAACGAAUGUGAUAUCCCAGAGACCUGCACCGGAGACUCCAGCCAGUGUCCUCAUAAUGUGCACAAGCUGGAUGGCUACAUGUGUGAUUCUACUCAGGGCCGCUGUUAUGGUGGACGAUGCCGAACUCAUGAUGGACAGUGUAGGGGACUCUGGGGUUAUAAUUCAGCGGACAGGUUUUGUUAUGAGAAGCUGAACGCUGAGGGGACAGAGAAAGGCAACUGUGGUCCAGGUCCUGAAGGCCAGGGCUGGCUGCAGUGCAACAAGCCUGAUGUUUUAUGCGGCUUCCUGUUCUGUGCCAACGUGACGACAAAACCAAAGUUUGGAGACCUGCAGGGUGAGGUGACCAGCUUCACCCUCUACCACCAGAACAAGUACCUGGACUGCAGAGGUGGCCAUGCUCUGCUGGAGGACGGAUCAGACCUGGGCUAUGUGGAGGAAGGCACUCCAUGUGGUCCCAACAUGAUGUGUUUGGAGCGACGCUGCCUCCCUGUGGCGGCGUUUAACCUCAGCACCUGUUCUGGAUCCAACAAUGGGCGCAUCUGUUCUGACCACGGGACCUGCAGUAAUGAAGUGAAGUGUAUCUGUGACAGGGACUACACAGGAAAGGACUGCAGUGUCUUUGAUCCCAUCCCUGAGCCAACCGUCCCGACAGGCCAAGAGAAGAAAGGUCCCAGUGGCACCAAUAUCAUAAUAGGGUCCAUCGCAGGUGCUAUUCUCCUGGCAGCUAUAGUCCUAGGGGGAACAGGAUGGGGAUUUAAGAACAUUCGAAGAGGAAGAUCUGGUGGAGGAUAAGAUGUCUGUCAUUCUGUCUCCGUCCUGUCUAUUCCUGUCUUCCUCCUCGCACUGUGUCGUUUCAACAUCAGAGAAGAGGGGAACAAAAAAAGUCUUCCACUCCUGUCCUAAAAUUUUGCCAAACUUCUUCUGAUCAUUGUUUCCUCCACGCUCCGUCUGCUCCUAUGGUCUGUCCUACUGCACGACUCCUCUGGGCCUGUGGAGCUUCUCUCACCAUACCAGCCAAAUCAUACUUGUGUGGCUGCUUCCAGCAGUCCGCUGAGGACUGUGUCCGUGCCACGCCUAGAGCAAGCAGGUGGCUCUUGCUGUGGGAGAGACUAGGGUCUAUCUCCAGUCCAGUGGCUCUAAGAAUGUGAUUCGGUGUCUGUGUACCUCCUUUACUCACAUCUUGAACAGUCUGAUGAAUAACAUAUCAACAGUGGACCAAUUUAAAAUAAGACAUGUCUUUCCAAUGCCUGCCUGCCUGCCUGCAUACAAACUAAACUGGCCAGCAACAGUGAGCCCACAGUUAAAUGUUGGACUAGCACACAUACUGGCCAUCUAAUAGACUGAAAUAAUGUUACAGGAGCUGAAUAGUUUCCUUUUUUCUCAAAGGAGAAGGACCUGGGACACAGUUCCAAGGCCAAAGCCAGGCCUUGACAUCUCAAAGUGGACAAUUAUCUGUUUUAAUCUACAAAGUCUGUCAACAUGUAUAUAACUGAAAAGAAGCCGUGCAUUGGACUGUUGUUUUCCAAAGAGAAACAAAGGAAGGACAAAUGAUUAUAUACUGUAAAAUGAUGGCUCAAAAACUAUUCAGCCAUUAGCCAGAGCCCAGACUGAUACCUUUUCAUUGUUAUUUGUUCUUUUAACACCCCAACCCUCACCCAGAGGUUUUCAGGUACAAAAAGGGAAGCUAGGUGUAAUGGUUUUGGGAUCAUUUUAAACCACUGAACCUUGACGCAGCAGAGACCGUAACUUAGUGUUUUAACCACAGACUGACCAACAUACAUUCCACAAUAUCUGUCGUUGUGCGUGCUCACCACUUUCAGGCCCAAAGUUUGUACACUUAGGAGGUUUAAUCUGUAUGUCUGUUCAUGGGUGAAUGUACGCAUGUAAGAUUUUUAAAGAAAGGACAAAUGUAUGCGUGUUUACAUUAGUGUUAGGGGCAAUUGUGUCCGUGUAUACCUUAACACUCCUAUCACAGGUAGAAGGGCAGAUUUUUAUCUCUAGAAUAUCAUCUCUUUCUACAAACUGUUGUGCGCUGCAGCCAUGGCACCAUAAAGGCAGCACAUUAAUAAAGUAUUCAACAGUUUUUAUGUCCUGUAUCUACAGAAAAACAAGCACUAACCAACUGUAUGCACACCUAUUUGUAAAUAUGUGCAAGAUAUACUGAAUGUUAAAUGCACUGAAUGAAGAUUUAUUUAAAAGAUAUGUUAAAAUAAUGAAUUGUAGCUGUUAGUCUCUUGACAGGACCCAUAUUUGGAAAUCUCUCCUGUACUCAACACUGUCCAUGCAUCUUUAAAUGUGGCGUAACAGCUAAGCUAGCUGUCUCGCAUCUCUCUUAUCAUUCCAGCUAUCACUUAAAUAAUGUUGUAAAUCUUUUGUACAUUUGUUGAUAGCCCUGAGUUCUGGGUGAUCGCCUCAGCCCAGAGGCUUUGUAAUGAUCCCGACUGUAAAUGAGAUUAAAGAGAUCUAGUCUGGGGUCCAGGAGGCAGCUCGUCUGAAACUGUAUGCGUCAGUUUGGUUCAUUUGAGCUUUGCCCUACUGGCAGAUGCACUUUUGUUAUUAUUACAAUAUGUACAGAGUUGGUAUCAAA